CUCUUCGGUUCUCGUUCGGCUAAGCUCGUUGUUGUUAAACAAGUUCUUCUCGGUAGAACAACUUUUUAAUAGUCAUGGCUUUCUUCGGAAUCACGUAUCUAGGUUACCAGAACCCCUUCGGGGAUAGGAUGCUACAUUCUACCCGAAACAAAUUAAAUACGCGAGACUCUGCAGACCUGCAUCUCGGCAGCCAGAGCAGAUAUAAGGAUCAUCUGAUCAGCAGACACGCUCAGACUCAGAGGUCUCCGAAAGACGUGUAUCGUGUACCUGUGACAGAAAACCAGCAGUACGGUUGGUGGAUUCCCACUGGUGUCGUGAAAAACCAGGAGCCAUGGACUCAAACUCGCCACUUCCCACGCAAAAACAGUGAAAUGACCAAGUUUGUGAAUGAGAUGUCAGUGACCAACCCAGACUUCAGUUUGUUUUGAACCUCACUCCAUGAAAAAAUUUGCGAUCACUGUCCCAUAAUGCCUCCGUACUGCAGUCCAUCACUUCGCCUUGCAGAACAGGAAAUGCAGUGGACACACAACUGACAUUAAUGCAAGGGUAACAUGUAACUGUACACAUUUGUCACUGUGCCAUAUUGUUUAUGUACCAAGCUGCAUGUGCUAAAUGUUAUUCUUUGCACAUACCUGUAAUAUGGCAGUCAAGACUAGUUUUAGUGAAUAAAUUGAAACCAAUUUUGA